AUGGUGGGGCCGACAGCCUCGGACGUGCCCCCGACGAUGCCGGUCAAGAUCUUCUCAGCUGGCGUGGCGGCCUGUGUGGCGGAUGUGAUCACCUUCCCGCUGGACACGGCCAAAGUCCGGCUCCAGAUCCAAGGUGAAUGCCAGACCUCUAGAGCCAUUAGGUAUAAAGGUGUCCUGGGUACAGUCACCACUCUGGCAAAAACUGAAGGGCCAAUGAAACUCUAUAGUGGGCUGCCUGCUGGUCUCCAGAGACAAAUAAGCUUUGCCUCUUUUAGGAUCGGCCUCUAUGACACCGUCCAGGAGUUCUUCAGCACAGGGAAACAAACAACAGCUAGUUUAGGAAGCAAGAUCGCAGCUGGUCUGACAACUGGAGGAGUGGCAGUGUUCAUCGGGCAACCCACAGAGGUCGUGAAGGUCAGACUUCAAGCACAGAGCCAUCUGCAUGGUCUCAAACCUCGCUACACUGGGACUUACAAUGCUUACAGAAUCAUAGCGACAACGGAAGGCCUGACAGGCCUUUGGAAAGGGACUACUCCCAAUCUGACAAGAAAUGUCAUCAUCAAUUGUACAGAGCUAGUUACAUACGACCUAAUGAAGGAGGCCCUUGUGAAAAAGAAGCUCCUAGCAGACGACUCACCCUGCCACUUUGUGUCAGCUCUUAUCGCUGGAUUUUGCACAACAGUCCUGUCCUCACCAGUGGAUGUGGUAAAAACCCGAUUUGUUAAUUCUCCACCAGGACAGUACACGAGUGUGCCCAACUGUGCCAUGACAAUGCUCACUAAGGAAGGACCGUUGGCUUUUUUCAAAGGAUUUGUACCUUCCUUCUUGCGACUCGGAUCCUGGAACGUCAUUAUGUUUGUGUGCUUCGAACAGCUGAAACGAGAACUGAUGAAGUCAGGGCAGACUGUGAACUGUGCCACAUAAUCAUCUUCAGGAAAAGGUGGUGACAUACCAGUGGGAAUCUUUGCUGACCGGAUAACUCAAAAACGAAAACAAUACACCUACUCCCUUUAUUUCACCCUAAGCAGAUAAAGGAAUUCUGAUAGAGAGUUUUGGACUUUUUAAAGAAAAGUUAAUAUUUAUUUAUUGUGACUUUUAUUCUCCAUGUUUUUGGAAGGGGAAAGCAAAAUGCUCAGUAUGAACCCUGGUGCAUGCAAUGUGCAAAUAAGUGACUGCAUUUGAUUGGCUAUUUUGAGAGGGAGGGAGUCUUACGACUGAACAUGAAGAAAUUGAACAUGUUUUAAUUAUAACUCAAGUUGA